AUGGGUGGCGUUACCGUUCGAGAUGUCGAUGUGAGUGCGAUCCGAAAUGCUCGCUUGGAUGGCAGCCCAAUCAGCCGUUGUGAGAAAGAGGAGGAAGAUUUCACAUUUGGACCUGGCAAUUUUGGGCAUGGGCUUCAGCAAGCAAGGCAUGGACUGACAGUGCGAAUCACGCAGGCACAAAAAUUCAUCGAGGCAUAUGCAGCAUUUUUGAAGCGACAAGGGAAACUCCGAGUACCAGGUUGGGUUGAUACCGUCAAGACCUCACACUCAAACGAACUCCCUCCCCAAUCCGCCGACUGGUUCUACGUGAGAGCUGCCUCAGUCGCCCGACAUGUCUACCUACGAAAGUCCGUCGGUGUUGGCCGUCUCCGAAAAGUUCACGGCAGCACCAAGAACCGCGGUUCUCGGCCCUCGCACCACGUCAACGCAUCUGGCGCUGUUGAUCGCAAAGUCAUGCAAGCUCUGGAGGAGUUAGGCAUUCUGGAGAAGGUUGAUGAUGAUGAGGAAGGUGGCAGCGGGAAGGGCGGACGAAGAAUAACCCAAGCCGGUGCACGAGAUCUGGACCGUAUUGCGCAGACGGCUGUGGAGGGUGACGAGGAAGAAGAAGACUAA